GUGACGUCUGAAUAACACCCUCCACUUCCGAGAACAUUUGUAUUGACGGGGCAAUUGUCAAAGCAGGAUGUCUCGGCACUAGAUCCCUCGGUAGAUCCCUCACACCGCUCCAUUAUUUGGGGUGAGCAGCGCCAGAUACCGAGUGGAGCUGGCGGAGAGCGAGCUCGGAAAAGAGUGAGCGGUAGCGAGAGAGAGAGCGGCAGAAACCCCCCCAUCCACGCAAGCGCGCAGAGGAGCGACUGGACACCUGAUUUUUGCGGGGUGUCUGUGGACCGCUGUUCCACGUCCUGACAAUCCCCAACAAUAGGUCAUUUUUUAGAAGAAAAAAAAUCAUUACUGGUCCACGGCGCGGACAUCGUGGAUUGUCUCACUAUGGACUAACGUGGGAAAGGAGGACAGAUCCCUGCUGGACCUCCUAUUCUUGACGCUACAACUACGCAUUCGCGGCGGUUAUUUUUUUCUUCCUCCUCUCUCCUGACUCUAUUUUACUGCUGCUACUGCCCAACAUUAUUAAAGUCUAUGAUCAGGGGAUUGGGGAGCGUCAAAGAGGAAUGCGCGGAGGACGAGCAGGUGGGGGGCACUGUGAGAUGUGUUUUUGGGGGGAAAGCCGGAGGAAAACCGACAAGGUGCACCGAUGAGCCUGAGAUCUGAGAAGAAAUGGCCUAGUUCAAACACUCGCCACCACCGGAGAACAAUCUACAUGCCUUGGCCUUCUUCAUCAGUUCCAGUCUUGUAGGUGUAAUUGUCUCCCCGAGUGCUGUUCUGGACCCAUAAACAGAACCAGAGAGGAAGAUGGAUGGGACAACAGAGUCUACCUGAUAAUGAUACCCACCCGUCCACCUUACCAUGUUGCCCUAGGAAAACUCUCCCCCCUUCUGACAGUUCUGUUUCUUUUCUUCCUUACAUCCUAAAUUCCACUGAGUCCUUUUCCCACCUACAGUUGCCGUUCGCAUUGGUAUGUCAAAAGGAACUUUUACUUUGGACAUGUUGUUUUCUCCUCUCAGUGCUGCCAGCCACCACGGCAAUGGCGGUAAACGUCGCACACAGCGGGCUAUAAAUCGCUGCCACGUGUGGCUUUUGGGGCUGGCGCUACACCUGACCCUGUCCUCCUGUCAACGGGUUGAUCUCAAACACCCCAUAGUGUCCACAGGGUAUGGAAAAGUACGUGGGAUCCGGAAGGAGCUCAGCAACGAGAUAUUGGGUCCGGUUGAACAGUUCUUAGGCGUACCAUAUGCCACUGCACCCAUUGGUGAACGCCGUUUCCAGCCUCCAGAGGCGCCCGGAUCGUGGCAGGAGAUUCGCAACGCAACCCAGUUUGCGCCUGUGUGUCCACAAAAUGUGCACGGAGUCUUACCUGAGAUCAUGCUGCCGGUGUGGUUCACUGACAACCUGGACGCAGCAGCCACGUAUGUCGUCAACCAGAGCGAGGACUGUCUUUACCUCAACAUUUACAUACCCACGGAGGAUGGUCCACUCACAAAAAAGAAUGACGAAUCGACGAUGAACAGGCCAAAGGAUGAAGACAUUCGGGAUCGUCGCAAGAAGCCGGUGAUGCUGUUCAUCCAUGGCGGCUCCUACAUGGAAGGCUCAGGAAACAUGUUUGACGGCAGCGUCUUGGCAGCUUAUGGAAAUGUCAUUGUGGUCACCAUGAACUAUCGGCUUGGCGUUCUGGGGUUCCUGAGCACAGGAGACCAGUCCGCCAAAGGAAACUAUGGCUUGUUGGACCAGAUCCAAGCUCUUCGCUGGCUAAACGAAAACAUUGGCCACUUUGGAGGAGACCCAGAGAGAAUCACCAUAUUUGGCUCUGGAGCUGGUGCAGCCUGUGUGAACCUCCUCAUCCUCUCCCACCACUCUGAGGGCCUAUUCCAGCGAGCCAUCGCUCAGAGUGGGUCGGCCAUUUCCAGCUGGUCUGUCAACUACCGCCCGGUGAUGUACACCAAGAUCCUGGCCAGAAAGGUGGGCUGCACUCUGGGAGACAUGGCGGAGCUGGUGGAAUGUCUGAGGAGGAAGAGUUUCCGUGAGUUAGUCGAUCAAGACAUCCAGCCAGCUCGCUACCACAUUGCCUUUGGACCAGUGGUGGAUGGUGACGUGGUGCCGGACGACCCUGAGAUACUGAUGCAGCAGGGCGAGUUCCUGAACUACGACAUACUGCUGGGUGUCAACCAGGGAGAAGGCCUGAAGUUUGUGGAUGACAGCGAAGGAGAGGACGGCAUAACUUCAGCGUCAUUCGACUACACCAUCUCCAACUUUGUAGACAAUCUGUAUGGAUAUCAAUACGGGAAAGACAUCUUGAGGGAAACCAUAAAGUUCAUGUACACAGACUGGGCUGACAGGGACAACAGCGACAUGCGGAGGAAGACCCUCCUUGCUCUCUUCACGGAUCACCAGUGGGUGGCACCAGCCGUCGCCACAGCAAAACUGCACGCUGAGUUUCAGUCCCCGGUGUACUUCUACACCUUCCACCACCACUGUCAGACCGAGGCCCGUCCUGAGUGGGCAGAUGCCGCCCAUGGAGACGAGAUCCCCUAUGUGUUCGGGAUCCCCAUGGUGGGCGCCAACGACCUAUUCCCCUGCAACUUCUCGAAGAAUGAUGUGAUGCUGAGCGCCGUCGUGAUGACAUAUUGGACCAACUUUGCAAAGACAGGGGAUCCAAACCUACCUGUUCCUCAAGACACCACAUUCAUCCACACCAAGCCAAAUCGCUUUGAGGAAGUCAUCUGGACCAAGUUCAGCUCCAAAGACAAGCAGUACCUACAUAUCGGACUGAAGCCUCGAGUGAGAGACAACUACCGGGCCAACAAGGUCGCCUUCUGGCUGGAACUGGUCCCGCAUCUGCACAGCCUUCACAAAGAGAACCUCAGCUCCAUCACCACACGGCAGACGCCGAAAGGCCCGGUGAAAACCAACGGCCACUCCACACGACCGCCGGGCACUUCCACCCUUCCUCCAGAUCCAGAGCCAGAGGAGUCAGAGCGACCCCGGUAUUCCCCCUUUCCCAGCGAGACAAGAGACUAUUCCACCGAGCUGAGCGUCACUGUAGCUGUAGGUGCUUCACUGCUGUUCCUGAAUGUUCUGGCCUUUGCUGCACUUUACUACAAACGGGACAAACGUCAUGAACUCAUGCAGAGGCGCCAUCGACGACUGUCCCCACAGCGCGGCACUACAAUGGGAAUGGGUGUCGGCAUGGGAGUGGUUGGCGCCCCACCGCACAAUGACCUGGCGCUCAGUCAGGAGGAAGAGCUGAUGUCACUGCAGAUGAAGCAGCAAAGAGUGGAGCUGGAGCACGGCACCCCCCUCCCAUCCCGAAGCAUCUUGGGCGAUCUGGAGCCUCUACGGCCUCCGGUGUGUCCACCUGACUACACUCUUGCCCUGCGGCGGGCGCCAGAAGAUGUGCCGCUGAUGACAGCCAACACCAUCACCAUGAUCCCCAGCACCAUCAGCAGCAUGCAGCCACUCCACCCCUUCAACACGUACCCGCCAGUGCCCGCCCCCUCCACCACUCCGGUCCCGAGCCACAGCAACAAUGCCCUGCCGCACCAACACUCCACUACUCGUGUAUAGGACCAGGCACAAGCUCCGCCCCCCCCACCCAGUGGGCUCUCACAGACGCACCACACAAACUCCUCCAUACGCACUCCUUUUUCCUUUGGUCUCAUGAUGUCAUCAUAUGAAGCUAAGAUUUUAGCCGUGAUAAGCCUCUGAGCUGUAAUCCUAGAGGUUAUCAUGAAAAGCUCUUUUUGCCAAAAGCCUCAUUAAACUCUCAUAUUCCGUUUAACUGUUAAAGCUGACGGCAUAUCCACCAAAAAAGCAGCUUUAAACCACACACUUUCUACAAAAAUGAUAGAGCUAAUCACAUUCGGUCUCACAUGUAGCUUUUUUUUUUUUUUUUCUUUGCACGUAUUGUUGAGUCAUUGUGGAAACAACAUCCAACAUGAUGUACAAACACUCAUUUCCACUCAUGUCUGGAACAAAAGUAGCGAGCAGCUUUGACUCAGGCACCAUAUGCUCGAGCAGGCUGUCAGUCAUGAGGCGGGGAUUUCUUAAAACGUACAAAACGCGGCUUUAAAAAAGGCCCAAUCUUGAAGAAGAAUUUGGCAAACAGUGUGGAGCGCUGUGUCCCAACAGCUGCUUGUGUUCUCAUUUUUGGAGACUUCAUUCUGUACUGAAAUCUGGCCCCAUGAGAGGAGAGAACAAUUGAGUCUUUCAGUUUGAGUUCUUAAACAGUUGCAUUGUUUGGAUGUUAGGUAGUCAAUUCUUGUGUCAUUGAUGACUUCAAUAUCCGCUAAUAAAUGACUUUGAAUACUUGAGUAAAACUCAACUUACACAUUGCUUUACAGAUUUAAACCUAAAUUUAAAAAAACAAAAACAAUUUUCACAUUUGUCCAAUUUGCAUUUGCAGUGGGUUGCACAUCGUAUCUUUCUCAGGUAGCAAAUACUGCAUUUAAAGUACGUAUAUAAAAUGACAUAAAAUGACACAAAAUAUUUAGGACUUUUACAUAAACUUACAGUGGUCUUUUUGUAAAAUUUUAAUCUGUCUUUCACAGCAAUGUAGUAUAUUUAGAGAACAUUAUGUUUAUGAAUUAAAAGCAGUGAACACAUCCAUCAUGACGCGAUGAUAAUAUCAAAAGAUCUGUGUAGUGCUUUGUCCUGUCAACAAUGAGUUUUUGUAAUAUUUGUGAAUCAUAGUUCUGAAACUAAGGUUAACCUUUGUACUGGUACUUUAAAUGCAGCAUUUAUAACAUAUAGAAGUGAAUACAUUUAUUCUGGUUCAGACAAAUUGGACAAAUGAACUGAAUUACUAAACUCCUCUUUUCCUUAGAGUUAGAAUAAAUAAGAAUUUGUUGAUCCUCCUUCUUGAAUUUCAGUCUGUUUUUGGAUGGCUGUGCCUCCACAGUAGUAGUGUCCACAAAAGGCAGCAGCUCUAAUCUGACACUUGGUUGUGUCUAUCUUCGAGUACAACCAAGUUCUUGAGAACCUCUGUUUAAGAUGGUUGAGUUUCUGAUCUCUCCUCAACCAUGGCACAGAUUUCAUUGUUUAAGGUGUGUCUGGCAAUGAUAACAUAAAUGGGGAACACAACUGAAGUGUCUCAUCGGACAAUAUAUAUACAGAAAUAUUUAUAAGAAAAUAUAUUUAUGAAAUAUACCGAGAGGAAGUCAUGAUUAGCGGGAUGCUACCUGGAAUCCGGGAAGUCCAUUAGAUCUCACUGUCUCUCUCUCUCUCACUGCCAUCGUGACCAUUCAUGUAUCUGUUGCUCCCCGUUUCACCUCUCUCCAUUUGUAGCUUUCCUCAUUGUCUCCAUCUUCACCCGCCUCUCUCCUCUCUCCAACAAUCACUUGUAGACUCUUCUUUCCUUUUGGAGUCUUUUAUACAAAAACACAACUGUAAUUGAUGUAUUAUUAAUAAAUUGUAAGGAUAUGAAUGAGGAAAAAAAAAAAGAUAUUCUGAUAUCUCUCGUUUUUACCAGCAUUCUUGGUGCCAAGUACUGUGAUCAAGUUCCUCUCUCACUGGCGUCCAGUGGAUGGUCCGGAGAGGUUCCUCCUGACUGUAUCUUAUAAGGAAUUACCAUCAUAAAAGUGCCAAUGUUUCAUUUGGGUUUUGCUCCACACGUCUUUAUUUUAAAUCACUUAAUGUUGCACUGUGGCUGGUCUCUUCUAAUACGAGAAAUCAGAUUUCAUUCGUCCCUCGAAAAAAAGAAAAGAUCGGCUAUUGAUAUCCAAGAUGUACUUUGCUGUCUGGGAUGUUUGCAUGUUUUUAUUUUUGUCUUUUUUUUUUUUGCCCUAAAAGUGUGGAUAAUUGUCUUUUUGAUGAUUUUGCCCUCUUUCUUUUUCAGUUUUAAAGCACUUUUAAUUUUUUGUUCCAAACUCAGCUGCACUUUGUGGUACUUUCAAAACAUAUUAAAGUAUUAAGAGAUGAAUAUUGUGUAAAACUAUGAUUAUAACAAAGAGAGUAAAUAUUUCCUGUUUAUUUUUUCCCCCAUUUCCUAACACCGAGGCUGUGCCGCUUCAUGCCCAGAGACAGACUGAUGGAAGCCUUCGUCUCCCCUUUCUAUUUUUGCUGUUUCUCUUAUCUUUUGCAACUGUGACGUUUGCACAGUCACUGUUUCACUCGAAGAUCGCACUUUUUUAAGUUGCUGUGGAACAACAAAAGGAAAAAAAAAAAGAAUCUCAAGUUCACAUGAAACGUCUAUAUAAGUCUGUGACUGACAUCGUCUCCAUGCUUCAAGUGUUUGAAGACUGCCUGAUCGUUUAUCAUCUGCUCUUCUGUUGUGUCAUGAUUCUCCUCGGUCACAGUAGAAGAAAUAUUAAUGACAGUGAGGAAGCCUCGCACGCCAGUUUCACGUCUUACGCACAACUGAACACAGAGAUGGGUUACACUUGGGACAAUUACGGAAAAAUAACAUCCUGGAUAACACUGGAUUAUUCUGACAGUGAUCCAAAGAUGAUGGCGAAAUAACUCCUGUCAUUGCGCAGGUAUUUUAAAAACCUGAUUUUAAAUAGAAAUCUUCAAUGACAUUUACAGACACAGCAAGCAAGGCCUCUGUGUGAUGCAUCCUGCAUCCUGUCUGCUUCUGAAGAACACACUCUGAUUUUAGACUGCCAUCCCUCUGGACUGGAGUGUGUUGCGAGGACGAAAAAAAAAAAUGAAUUGAAAAAAAAAAAAUCUACUGUACAUUUUUUUAAGUGUAAGAGAACAAACUGGAAUUUGUAAAUAUUGUUUGUUGUUUGGUUUGAGUGAUUGGCAAGAUUUUUCGUUUUGACAGCAGGUGCAAGUUAUGAAUGAUUUA